CGCAUCCAGCGUCUCACACUGAUGAAGUGCGCCUCCUGACCCAUACAGCCCAAACCUCUGCGUCCUUCCGCAAAAGCGCCGCACCGGACGCGAUGCAUGCAAACACCUGGUUAGAUUUUACGGAGGCGGUCUGUUCUCCGUGUUCCUUUUACGCUCCGUCUUAUCGUUCCUUUUGGUAGGAACGCGAUGUCCUGGAUGCAUUUUCUCCAGUGACGAUGAAGUGAAGGGAAGCGCAGUUCGCUGAAACCAUGUGAAGAGAGGACAUGUCUCUUGUUGGGAGCACCAGAGGCAAAACGCGAGUCCAAUAGAGGAACCUUGUUUGCGCUUUACUGGAGAAAAAGAUCCUUCCAUGAGGAAACAAAGAGAGAAGAGAUGGUAGAGAAUGGCUGCACCUGACCUCCUUGACCCAAAGGCUGCUGCCCAUAACUCCAAGCCUCGCCUGUCAUUCUCAGCUAAACCGGUGGUACUGAACACCCCAGAGGACGAGUGCGACACUCGGACUACAGUCAUGAGGUGGAAGACUGUAUCGGCCAUCUUCUUCCUGGUGGUGUUGUACCUCAUCAUCGGGGCAACAGUGUUCAGAGCACUGGAACAGCCUCAUGAGAGCUCCCAGAAACUGGCCAUUCUCGCACAAAAGCUGGACUUCUUGGCCACGCACGCCUGUGUAAACUCCUCUGAGCUGGAAGAGCUGGUCAGGCAAGUGGUCAUAGCAAUCCGAGAAGGUGUAAACCCAUCAGGAAAUUCAUCCAAUCAGACGAGCCUCUGGGAUAUGAGUUCCUCCUUUUUCUUUGCUGGGACUGUUAUCACCACCAUCGGAUUUGGGAACAUCUCUCCUCACACAGAAGGCGGGCGGAUCUUCUGCAUAAUCUAUGCCCUGCUGGGGAUUCCCCUGUUUGGAUUCUUGCUGGCGGGUGUCGGGGACCAGUUGGGAACUAUUUUUGGGAAGGGCAUCGCCAAAGUGGAGAAGAUGAUUGUGAAGUGGAAAGUGAGCCAGACAAAGAUUCGUGUCAUCUCCACACUGCUCUUCAUCCUGUUCGGGUGCCUCAUCUUCGUGGCCCUGCCAGCCGUCAUCUUCAAGCACAUCGAAGAGUGGAGCACUCUCGAGUCCAUCUACUUUGUCGUCAUCACGCUCACCACCAUCGGCUUUGGAGACUUUGUCGCUGGAGAAAAAGGUGGGUUUGAGAAACCAGAGUACCUUGAUUACUACAAACCCGUGGUGCUCUUCUGGAUUUUGGUGGGCUUGGCGUACUUUGCCGCGGUACUCAGUAUGAUCGGAGACUGGUUUCGGGUCAUCUCCAAGAAAACUAAAGAAGAGGUUGGGGAGUUUCGCGCACACGCAGCUGAGUGGACAGCAAAUGUGUCAGCAGAGUUCAAAGAGACCCGCAGGCGGCUCAGUGUUGACAUUUAUGACAAGUUUCAGCGUGCUGCAUCCAUCAAGCGCAAGCUGUCAUCUGAGCUGGGUAUUAAUGCGUCCAUCAACCAGGAAAUGACCCCUGGCAAGAGGACGCUGUCAGCCAACCUUUGUGAGGACAGAGAGGGUUAUCCCACAGUGAAUCUCUCCCUCAGUCCUGUCCCGGGGGCCCUGGCUAGGAACGGCAGCCUUUAUCUAAACGGCCUCAGUCCAGAAUACGCUGACCGACAGGAGAUCGCCAUCAUCGAAAACCUCAAAUGAGGAGCAGCACGUAUAAUAAGAUUUAGGAAACUGUAAAAUACAUCUGGUCAAGGACAGAGGUUACAAUACAAACAUGCUUUUAUGCUAAUUCACUGAGCGUCACUGAUGAGAUAAACACAUUCAUCAUUCAUUAAGUUGACUCUGUUCCAAUUAUCCUGCAAAUCAAUCAUGAAGCUGUGUACCUCCAUGUGUGUGAGCCUCACACACAAAAACUCACAGGUUGGAUUUAGUCUGUGAGAGAAGUUUGAAGUCUUUGUUCCCAUCAACGUGACUGACUGACUGCUGCACUAGUGACUGAGCCAAAUCAAAAAAAAAAAAAAGCUCCAGACUGGAGCAGAUGAUUGUAUCACAGGCAUGAGCUUUAAAAAAAAAAAAAGAAAAGAAAAAAAAAGAAAAAAGCAGCCUCUCAUGAGCAGAAAGGAAACGUAAGCCCCGUACUGAGGUAGCAACACACUGGACAUCCUGUCCUCCUACCCCCUGCAAUCGAAGAAAUCAAUAAAGUCAUCAAACUUCUGAAGCAAUAGAUGCAUGUACCUGUACAAAGCUCCUAUUGAAUUUCCAGAGGCCCUGAAUCUGCAUCAGAUCAACAGGAUCCUCACUGAUAAAACGUCAUCACAGUGAACAUGUUCUCUACAAGGCAGCAGCCCUAUGCUAACACAAAUGAAUGUCCCUUUUUUCUUUUGCAUUACGCUUCUUACAGUAUGAAUUUAUAUGCCUUCCAUCUGCUCUCUGCUAUAGAGAUGAAUGUUGACAUAUUAGUUCCUUCAUGACUGACGUUCAACUUUUCAUUCUGAGGAAUAUUUCACUCGUGCCUUACUAAAAAACAGACUGAACCUUUUGAGGACGAUGAAGCAUGACAGGACUGAGUAGUGAUUGUCUGACCUCUUGUACUUAUGUUUGAGCACAACAGUAAUAAAGACUUAUUUAGGAUGUGUCUUGGAAAAUAAGCGGACACUCUUCUUUAACUUGAGGAAUCUAGAGUUUGCAUGACAAAGGCGGAGAGAGCAUUUGGAGAUUUGUUUGAUUACUUGAGGUAAUAAGUGACCUCUUUAUCAACUGUCUUUGUUUUUUUCUUUUAAUGCUCAUCUUAAUGUGCCGACAGUUACAUUACCCACAGUGCCAGGCUUUCUGAUCAAAUCUCACUCCAGUAUACCAAAGUUAUGAUCCUGCUUUCCUGACAGAAUGAGAUAUUUCUUGCAGGGUUUUGAAAACUGAAUUUAAAUUAACUCCUGGCAUAUGAGGUACUGUAGUAGUGAAAUAUCUGGGGCUCUGAGGCAUAUCUCCACCAUACCACUCUUCAUGAUUGAGUAGGUUGGGAAAUAUUUCCUCUGUUCAUAAAGAUAAGGCCUGUUAUGUCUUGCUGUUACUGAAUGUAUACUAUCAGAAACCCUUAUUUACUGUGUCACAUUAGUGACUGGAUUAUUGAGGCUUUAGAGGUAUUAUGAAAUAAUUAAAAGAAAUGCCUCUCUUUAAAAUUUACACUAAUGGCAGGAAUGUCAUUCGGGCAUAGUUUAUUAUCACAUAUAUUUAUAAUCACUCUGAAUUUGAAUCUGUAUCUUAUAUUAAAUGAUUAAAAUAUUAAAGUUAUUCCAUUUUUGGAGGGAUAUUUUCAGUUUUAGUGUCUCCUAGUGACUUUAGUGCAUCUUGCCCGUCUGAUUUAGUUCAGUGCAUUUAAACAGCAAGAUAUGCUGGUAAUGUUCCAUUCAUUUAAUAGUGCCAAUUACAGUUCUACAGUUUGUCUUAAAAGAUGAUUUGUCAUGCUAUAUGAACCUACCCUCAUUCUGAUGGCAUUAAAUACUGCUAAUUUGUCAAAGCUGCUGGCAUCUUAGAGGUACACAAGGUGUCCUUUUGUCUUGACACACCAGUUGUGGCAGUAGUGAGACCGGUCACCACUGAUGGGCUCUUGAACUGGACCCCCUUCAGUUCAAGCACACCGAGUACCCUUAAAUGGCAUUUAACACGCGGGGUUAAUGUAAAUGAGCAUAUUUUAACAUAAACCACAAUAUUUUUUUAAUAAAAUAUAAAAUUAGUUUUGGUGGAUAGACAAAGAUUGAAUCCAAAGCCAAACUAAGAGCACAAAGCCCCCCAAAUGGGACACAAAUGCAGUCUCAUGGUUGAUGGGCUUGUGAUUUAUGAUGCCUCCUCCUGCAUCCUUAUACGGGCUUUGUUGUUCUUUGAGACAUUACAGUUUGGGUUCAUCUAAUAUUACCAUCGCUGCUGUGUCAAGGCACAGACACACUGACUAAUAUCAGGGAAACAGUCUUUAAAAUUGCAUCCUUUAACUUAACAGCAGAAGCCAUUAUGAAAACCCAGCAUAUUGUUUACUUUUACAGAACAGCAAAUUAAGAAAAACAGCUUGCACCAAAUAAGGUCUUACAUAAAGAUUAGUUGCCAAAUAUUGAUGCCCGGGAACUGCCAGUUGUAACUUUUAACUAUCUUAACUCCAGAUUAUAUUAGCUUGAUAUUUCAUUACUCAUUUGGAGUAAUUGUGAGGAUUGUGAUAUGGUCAGCAAAAGUGACCUUUUAACCUGACCUUGGGAUUAUGCCAGUUACAGUACAGUUUGUCUAAGUAACAAUGUAACACAAUUUCCAUUUCAUUAAAACUAAAUAAAACAAUAAUAAUGCAGAAACAUGUUUCUUAUGUGUAUAUACAUUCAUCAAAUUUGAACAGCACUUUUACAAAAGAUUGUGAAUCAUCAAUUAUUAAUGUUUAUCACCCAACCUCCUAAAGGUGUAAGACAUUAUAUGGGUUUUUGUUUUUCUGAGGUCUUUACAAGCUAACAUAUUACUUCAGUUUUAAUGGUACUCCCCAUGUGUGAAUCGAGCUAGCAGUCAGUGGGCACAACAUAAUCUGUGACAUGUUUUCUUGAAAUAUUGUAAGAGGGCUGAAUUGUGCAGAGCCUGGCUGUGUGGAAUAUAAAGACAUGACCUAUUAUGUAUAAGUCAAAGGGGCAUCACCGGUCAAAAUAAGGAGGAAGUUUUCAAAAAUAAAUACUGUUCUCUUAUGUUCUAAAAAGCAAUCAAUACCAUAUAAACACUUGUACCAUGUGUUGAUUUGCAGCACACUGGGAGAAAGACUGCUAGUACAUUGCUGAGUAGUCUGAGGAAAGCCAUCCCAGCUUUAGUGUAGCUUUGCAAAGCAAAGGCCCCUAAAAGACACUGUAUCACUGCUUCCCCAGUCAGCCAUGUGAUUAACAGCCUGUGAGUGCUGCAGAAAGUCAAGGAGGACUGUCAAUGAAGUGUUAUAUAAUAUGCCAGGACAUGUAAGACCACAUGCACAAGGUAGUGUGUUAUGACCAUUAACGACUGCACGACUGAGCGUGUGUGUUCGGGUUUGAGGAAGCUCAUUACGUUUCUGCCCACACACACACACAUUAUGUUUCCUCCUCUUUUCCCGAGGUGACAGUUUUUAAUUAGACUGUGGCUCACAUCAGAAUCCCAAUUCAAGCAUAUCUCCAUGUAUCCACCCAUUGAUGACAGCUGAGAGGAGCCUCAUGGAGUAAGCACAUUCCUCAUUUAAUGGUGUGAUAAAUAUUUGCAGAUGUUCUAAUAGCUCAUAUGGGUAUGCUGUGGAAGGCUUUUUAAAGUUCUGGCCCUCAUUAAUUCAAAUUCAGUAUGCCAUAAACCAGAAUUAUGUAUCAAUCAUAGAAUGAUAUAAACUAAUAAAUAUAUAUCAACUUGGGUUUGGAAGAUGUAUGAGCAUUUUACCAUUUAUGAUGGAAGGACAACAUUCAUUAUUUUCACUGUAAUUUUUUAAUUUUUCUAUUAGUUGAAUAUAUGUGAAGGCUUCAUGAACACAGAUGGGGUUUUUUUUUAAACAACAUGACUUCAUCCAGUGUUGCAUGCUACUUUAAAUGUUACUUCCAGUGUUAACUGAUCAUGUGUGUUUACUAUCCUCUGGGCUUUGCUUUGAUUUUAAGAACAGUAUAGCAC